AUGUCAACGAUACCCAAUGCCUCUUCAUUCUAUCAAUCGCCAUCGGUCCCAGACGCCUACCUGCAGUCGUCGCAAGUAGUGUCGUUGCAAGCAGAGGACGUCCUGAAUCGAUUUCGUACCUACUGUGCGACCGUGUUCCCCUUUGUUUACGUAUCACCACACAUCACGGUCCAGGAGUUUGAGAAAUCCCAACCUUUCCUCUGGCUGUGUAUCAAGGCCGUCUUAUCUUUGUCGACGACCCAGCAGAAGGUCCUUGGAUUCCGCGUGAGGGAGACUGUUUCGCAGAGAAUGUUGCUUGCGAAUGAGAGAUCUCUCGACUUACUGCUGGGACUGUUGGUCUACCUUGGAAUGGCCAAUCCCUCCAUGCAAAACUACAAAUCAUAUUUCUCGCUCUUCAGUCAGCUGGCGCAGGCCUUGGUCUUCGAUCUGGGUCUCAACAAAUCCAUCACCGCGGAUCAAAACCAGCGGCCCGUUGACCCCGAACCGCCACCCAUAUUCCUCAUGCGAGCUCUGGAUUCCGAACUGCAGGAGACACAGCGUGAUAUUUCCUCCAGGGGAAAGCAUGACACCCCUGAACUUACACGCAUUGAAGGUCUGUAUAAAUGCCUCGAAGCUGUCAAGUCGUGGUUCGAUAUCACGUCCGCUCUCCCAGCCGCCGACUAUGGGAGGGGGCCGUUUCCUCUAUUCCCUGCGCUGACACACUUUCUUUUUAUUCUGCACAAGCUGUCGACGUUGAAAGAGCCCGGUUGGAACAGAGAGCUUGUUAGAACCACCAUCGACAUGUCGGAGGUGCUCCAGACUUUGGCCCAAAAACUUGAACAAGUGUCAGCGGAAUGCAUCUGUGAUUCUCCUGACGAUAGUAUCUUUGAUAAAGUGGUGGCAUUUGUGAAAAUCAUGAAGGAGAUAAUUGAUGCUCGUUCGUCCAUGACUCCAGACCCGCAAGCUGGCAACAUUGCCCCUUUCGCUACUCACACAAUUGAGAAAGAGCAGAAGGAGGACGCACUGAAGUUCCCCAUGGAUUUUGCAAAUGAUGCUUGGUUGACGGAGUUAUUGGCUACAAUGUAG